AUGGCGGCACUUCUUGCCAGUGUUGGGUGCUCCGUGGUCUACCCACCGGGUUGGCAUCAGGCACCCAACCGCCUAGAGAACUUUAAGGCUAGGGAUACGUACGUGAUCAACCCCUGGUUAUACUUACAUCGCUUGGGAGCCUACAAAAUCAUGAUCGAACAGACGGCAUUUUCCAUGGAGUCUUUUGGCUCUGAUAACAGUGGGAACAUUUUAUGGGGAUUGCCGUUACAGUUUGGCUGGCAGUUCUCUAGUGAGAGAACCAGGGAUCUGUCAAACAUGACCUCGUGUGGCUUCUCAACUGGCGAUCAGUGCAUAUCCUACAAUAGCUGGUGGGCCAGUAUGAACUAUUACCUGUCCAUUGUACCUUUUCUAGGAAUGAUCCACGCUCAGUAUUUCCAGGUACCACCGUCUUCAAUCCGUAUAAUGUCCCCAGGUCACGAUGCUCAUCUGUACUGCAACGACUUUAACAGUUGCAAUAACAUCCAGCCUCGUCUUGUUACUCGAUGGUCUGAGUUCUUUACUCUACUGAAAAAUGAGAGCUUGAGAAGAGAUCUCAGUACAUCUGCACUAAAGGACAAGUACCUAACAGCCAUGUGGAGGGCCCAUGUUGAGUCUAUCGAAACCGCUUUACCGCUAUUCAAGGGGAAAGAAUCCUGGAUGUCUGAUGUGGAGAAUUCCUUUGGCACUAACUGGGCUAACUUAGUUCAUUUUAUAGCAACAACACACUUUUCGACCGACAACAAAAAUACGGUGAUAAACCAGAUUAAGUACCUGCCACAGAGGUUGUUGUGGGAUUCCGACAAACCACCGAAAGCUCCUGGGCUGACAUCCGACCAAAACAAAGCGCUCAUUGUCUUCCAAGUGUUUGAUAAAUUAAAUUAUUACACUGAAGGCUGGCUGCUGCGUGUCUGGCAGAAAACGAUGUGUACCCCGAGGCGCGUAGAAUCGGACGUCACCUUCUGGAGAAUAUCAUACCGAAUCCGCUCUCCGCCUUCAUGGAUCUUCUCAAACUGUUCAAAUACCUCUGGAAAUCAAGUUGCUAAUCUGGUAUUAGAAAUGCAAUAAAGGAGUAUCUAGUUCACACUCCUUUUUGCUGAAGGUAAAAACUUAUAAGUAGAUAAAUAAAUAAGUAAAUAAAUGGUUUGCUUCAGAUUUCUUACCGGAGAAAAGAAAGAUAUAUUAGCAGUUUAAUUGUUUGCCUGCAUGUAAAGCAAUUUCAUCCUGCCUCAAAUAUUCGGGAAUUCACUUUGUAGUUAACACAGGCGUUCAUAUUUUACGGCGUGUUCACACCAUGAACAUUGAUAGUGUAGAUGCAUCAACUGACCCGCUGAUUUACAUGGAUAAGAUCUAAAAUAGGGUAAUGUGACCAUCUAGAUGUUAUAUGUUAUCUAUUUACCCUGGCACAACCCUGCCGAUUGUAACCGUUAUACACAA